GGGAAAAAGCCAGAGAGAAACGGAUAGAGCGAACGACCGUAAAGAAAUAAGAAGAUAAACGUUCGCGAAGUGGGUCGACCGCGCGACAGUCGUCGUCGGGGUGGCCGUUGCGCGCGCCGUGUUCAUUCCGCGGUACCGAGAGCGGUUCGCACAGUAAUAUUGUUGUUGUUAUUAUUAUAGGACACAGUACAUCCAGUUUCGCACGAAUCGCCGCGGAACGUUCAGCCGCACGCUAUAGUAUUACAGAUCGUGUGCCGCGUCCGGUCACAGAGUGUCAGCCGACGUCGCCGAGAUGCAACCGCCUCCCAGAAAGGUAACGAUUUUAACAUUGCCCCCGAUACAAUAAUAAUAACCGACGCGCGCGGGCCCGUUUGACUUUUGAUCCGGACGAGCAGUGUCACAUCCCCGUCCUGUAAUUCCCGCGGUAAUGUUUACCGUUCCUUUUUUUUUUUUUUUUUUUUUUUCCACUAUCUACAAGCGAACAAACGCGCCCGUACACGCGAUAGUACAAUGACGUUCAGGUUCCGUCGUAAAAUAGGCGUCGGUAUUUCAUAAGAAAAUCCUUUUCUAUUCGCGGUCUCCCCUCGCGGAGCGACCGACAGACAAGUAAUAAUAACGCAAGCAUAACAAUGUAUUUCCGUUCCCUUUCCCGUUUUUUUCCUCCCCGGUGAUUUUACGUAUUAUUCCGACGGCGGUUUUUUAAAAUAAUAAUAAUAGUAAAACAAAAAAAAAAUAAUAAUAAUAAUUAUAUCGUUUUACUAUUACCCCACUCUAAUCGAUCGUCGAAACGUUCCGUCGAGUUUUCCGCGUCGAACGUCAACGAUUUCGCAUUCGUGCCGUGCGUUUUUCUGUCGUUACGACGCCGUGUUAUUUUAAACGAUUCGUCACUUGCCUGUUCGUCAGCCCACAAUGCACAAUCGUUUGCGAUCCGUCGGCCGCAGUUCCCGGGUAUCGACGACCGGUGCCGCGAUUGCGGUGCGACCGGGUCGUUAUACCUAUGCAUCUCGCAUUAUGCGGUGAUAUCGUUAUCGUAGCCCGCGAUUGUUAUAUUGUUUUUUCACAACGCUGUACGUUAUCGCGGCACAGCGGUGACAGACACCUAAUAUGUGGCACGUUGACUAGGUACGUGCAGUGCGGUGCCCGGGAGUUUUUCAAUGUGAGGGAAUUUCGCAAAUAAUAAUCGCGAAUAUCACGCAGGAAUCUCUUUCUCUGUAUCCAACUCGAUCGCGAAACAGCCGAAAAGCCGGAUCUAAAAAAAACCAAUUUUAAUCAAACUUUUCCUAGUGACUUGGCUGAAACGUAUACAUUUCGAGAUUAAAUUACUAAAUAAAUAUUCAUGUGUAAAAGUUGUUGGUUUUCGGGAGGAGACGGGAUACACAGACUAACCUCCCCUCUGCGUACCCCGCCCGACCAUAUAUCACAAUGGAAAGUGAAACGAUAAAGUUCUUGUAAAAAAAAAAAAAAAAGAAAAAAUCAUGUAUGAAUUAUGUUUUGAAAUUAUUUUAAUGUAAUCAUUUUGGAGAAACCAAUAUUUCAUUGCAGAUAACACUUGACGUGAAAAAGGUUUUUUCACCCUCGGUACAUGACACACUAUUGUUCUCGGUUAUGACGCCAAUAUUUCAACAACACUAUACCCGGGCAAUUUUUUCAUUACGUUUCUUUUUAUCACUCCUCCCCUAAAAUAAAGUUCCAAGAACAUAGAAAGUCAAAAGUCCAGUCAUAAAAGUCACAAUGUUCACUUUCUAUAAUAUUUACCUUUUAUUUUAGUGGAACUAGACAUUCAGGUAUUCAAUACCUAUGAAAAAGUUUUGCCCGAUGUAGGGCAUCCAUUGGAGUUAUCAACUAUAUAUGUUUAUUAGUCACAGUAAACCUCCUAAAAAAUGGUCUGGCACUAUAUCUAUAAAACGAACUUACAACCAUUCCGUGUUAAAUGUCUUACGUCCCGUCGAGAUUCGAAAACAACAAAAAAUUAUUAGAAUUAGAAUUGGAAUUAGGUAUCUGAAGUUUGGUUUAAAUAUUUAGUUGCCAUUUCAUGUAAAUCAUAAAAUAUGGUUAGGAUAGGUUAUAAUUAUAGACCGGAUUUAUAUGGUUUAACGUAUCGUUACUAAGCUUAUGUAGUCUUAUGAGAGUAAGAAAUGUUGACGAUUCGUUCAAUUCUGAGCACGUAGGAAAACCUUUUUUGCAUAUUUGAGAAUAUUUCAUGGGUUAAGAAAUAUUUAGAUUAUUUUGCAUAUUUCGGUAUAUUUUGUAAAAUGUGAGAAAAAAAUAUUAAUUUUAACAAUACGGUACCUGGAAAAAUAUAUUUUGAACAUUUAAAAUUUGUUUUUUCUGUAUCAUUUUGAUAAAAAAGUUUAGUGUGUUUAGUACCUACCUAUUAUAAGUUACCGUUUAAUAAACAUGUUGGCUAAACCGCAAUGUUGGAAGAUGUUUUUAUACUGAUAAUAACAUAAACGUAUUUGUUUAUCAUUAAUCAUUAUCAACUAUUCAAAUGUUCAAAUAUUUUGUUUUUCACUUUUUUAAUCACGUGUAACAAGAUUUUUAAGUUUUUAAAAAUUAAAUUACUAAUAUUGUCAUAUAUUUAUAUUAUAUUCUUAUGUUGUAAAAAAAAAAAAGUUCAUCGAUUAUUUUUGCAUAUUUUUCAAACUUCUAAGAGAAUAUAAUGAGAAUAUUUUAAGAUUUUUUUAAAGAAUAUUAGCAUCAUAUUUUAGGUUUUUUAAGAGAAUAUAAAUCCGUUUUUUAGUUAUAAUUAUAUCAAUUAUAUAUAUCGUAGUUAUUUUUUGAUUUUUGUGUACAUGACGAAAGGUUAGGUUAAGAAUAAAUCCAAAUUUUAUAUGAUAGUAUGUGUCACAAAUUUUUUUUCUCUUUUUAAAUGAUCUAUGAAAAACAUAUAUUAUAAGUUAAUGAUUCUUGUGUUAUUAAUUUUUAAUUAGUUUGAACGGGAGAAUUUGAGGGAUAGUAUUUAAAAUUUAAAUAAGAAAUUAUAUUUUCAUAAUAUAAUCAUGUCGGUAUUUUCGGUAUAAUUUUUAAUGCAUUUUGAUGAGUCAUUUUCCAAUGGUGUAUUAAAUAGCAGUCAACGAUUUAAUAUGAAAUACCAACUUAGACAAAGGCAAACAAAAAUCACACGAAAAAGGAUUAUUUAAUAAUUUUAAAUAUUCACCGUGAGAUUUUGGACGGUCAAAUAUUAGACACAGUUGUUUUUCGAUAUAAAAAUUAUACUUAAAAACUCGUGCCGAGGACGGCCAAUCUGCUAUUUUUAAUUUUUAGCUAUACCGUGUAUAGAACGAUAAUAUUAUAAAAUUGGUAUUACUUACGGACCCAAAGAGAUUUUAGAGAUGAUCCGAUUUUCAUCUUCUCUAAAAAUUUUCUUUAUACAUCCGAUCAACUUAAAUUUAUCUUAAUAUCAAAAAAAAAAAAAAUGAUUGGCACGCGCAUAUAAAACAAAUAUGUGCUUAUGUAAAAAAGCGGCAUUUUUAAGAAUUUAUUAUGACUGCGAGGGUGAUUAAGAUAAAUAUAAAGAUGUGGGGAAGAUUUCCCCUCACAAUCUCCAACUGGUAUAUCUUCAAUACAAAUACACAAUAUAAUAGGAAUUAAACAAUAAAUUAAUUCGAGAUUCAUAAUGUUUUUUUUUUUUUUUUUUAUUGAUCUCUAUAAAAAUACAAAACUCGGCACCUAUGGCUAUUAGUUAAAGUUAUGAUAUGUACGAUAAUUGCAAUUAUACUUAUAUACAUGGUACCACAUUAAGAGUAAAUUGGUAAGAUAAUAUAUAUUUGUUAACUAAUUCUAUCUAUUUUUAAUCGUAAAAAUGUUCAAGUAAUAUUUAUAUUUUAAUGACAAAUUUAUAAAAUAAAUUCACGUCAUAAGUGCUCAUUCUAAUGUAACUGUAUAGUUUACGUCUAUACUCGUCGCACAUUACAAUGUGCAUAUUGGGAGUGUUCUGUGUUCCCGAAGUACAUUGUAAUGUACAAUCAAAGAUCUCUGUACCAAAUUAUCAGAAAUGGAUGAAAAUCGACGCAUUUCUUAUUCAAAUAGUAUUAUUAAAAAAAAAGCAAAAAAAAAAAAGGUUUUACUCGAAAAAAAUUAAUUCGGGACUGAAAGGGUUAACGUUAAAACAUUUAACCGGUAAACUAUAACUAUGGAAUCGUACGUUUAAAAAUAUUAAAAUAUUACCAUUAUAUUAAAACGGUUAAUGGUAAAUUAAAAUCAUUAAAGUUUACUCAAUACCACUUAAAUAUCCACUCAAUAUACUUUACUAAACUAAGGUAAACUUAUUGUAUUGAUUAUAAUCUUGAAGAACAGGUACAUUUGGUAAAUUAGGUUAUGUUGAAUUAAGACAUUUAUGUAUCCCUCCUAAUGCCUACAUCAUUACCUUAUAAUGUCAAUAAUACGUAUAUAUAAUAGAUAAUUAAUGGUACGUACGUAUUACUCAUAUAUUUAUAACAGAAUAAUUGUUCCUUCUUAAAAAAUUUAUGUUUGGAUUAAUAGUUAUGCAGAUAAUCGUACUAUGCAGAGUGGGGAUGGGGUGACCACCACCCUUUUGCGUCAUAUGAUGUUUCAAACGUAUAUCACAAAAUAUUUAAUAUCCUCAGUAGUAUUAUCAUAUACGGUGUUUCUAUAUAGCUUAAAUGGAUCUUCUAAAGGUCACACUGUAAAUAUUUAAAGAGUCGAGUAUAGUCAAAUUUUAACGACAUUUUUGAAAAAAUGAUAGUUUAUCAAUUAAAAAAUAUUCAAAUUCAUUGCUAUAUAUCAUACUACGAUAUUAAUUUAAAAUAUUGUUUCAGAUCCUACAAGUCCCGGGUAAGCAUUAAAAAUAUCUAUUGAGUAAUCAUGGAUUUUGUUCAAAAACACGUGUAUAUAAAAUAGAAAAUCUAGGUAUCUUUUAUUGUUAUCUUAGAUAGCCAAAAAAAUGUUCUAACACAGGUAUAUGAUUUAUUGGUUUUAAAUUUACUUGAAUAAGACGAUCGAUGUUAAAAAAUAAAAAUAGUCAUAUUUUUCACAACUAAAUACAGCAAUAACUUUUUUUUAAAAAUUAUUACCUAUUUAAAUAAACAAUGUCAUUCCGUGAAUAAAUUUAUGUUUUUUAAUAUUCUUCAAUUUUUAUCAUAUUGCAUCCCCACUUUAAAAGUGACAUACAUAUCUUAUAAAACAUAAAUUUCGAGUAUAAUUAAAUAAUAUAAUUAUUUUAUUAUGUGGAAUCGUCCUAAGUAUACUUUAGUUUCCAAUUGCUAAUAGUGCGAAUAUCAUUGUUGAUAAUAUAACAAUUUAAUAGAAUAAUAUAAUGAAUUCAAAAUAAUAUGAUAAUGUAAAAUUUCAUUUUUUAAAAUGUGUAAUUUUUUAAGUAGAGGUGCGAUAGAUGCUGAUUUACGCUAAAUAAUACUAAUUUCGUGAUAAAACUAUUUUUCAUUACUGAGUUUUUAUGUUAAAAACUACUCACGGCGCAAACAUUCUCUUAAGACAAUAUUAUUACUACUUAUUUAAGUUGUGGGACAAGUUAAUAUGUCACCUCUGUGUUUGUUUACUGGUCAAAAUUACGAUUAAGGAAUAUGACUUAAAAUGUUUGACGCCUUAGAUUAAUAGUAUUCCCUUAUGUGAUGGCAACCAGCAUGUAGGCUUGUUUGAUAAGGCUGUAGGGUCUACAACAUCCCAAUACAUAAUUAUUAAACGAUUGCACAUAAUACAUUUUCAAAGAAAAAAAAAUAAUAUCAAUGUGUUUGAUAAAUGAAAUAGUGAUUUAUCUUUAUACUUGAUUGAUUUAAUAGUCAAUUUAAUUACAUUUUUAUAAUAAAAAAAAAAAAAAUAAACCAUAACUGUGUAGGUUAUUAUUGUUUUAUACAAAUAAAACGAAUCUAUGUUUGCCUUUCACUGUUAUUAUAGUGGUUUUGAUUUGUUUGUAUUACAUUCAUUUGUUUGUUAAAUGAGCUAUCAAUGAUAUUUAGUGUUUUAAAAUGACCUCAUAAAGAUAAAUAAAAUCUUUACAAAGAUUAAUAAAGUGGGGAGUAAUAAUAUAAUAUUAGAUUAAAAAUUUUGAGAACUGGCAAAUGGGUUUUAGUCCUUUUUUAAACAUUUCAACUUUCGAACAUUUAAAAGUAAAACAAUAUUAAAAUUAUUAUUUUAUAUUUUUAUUGAUUUUUAUGUACGUUUAUAAGGUGUGUUAUAUAAUUUAAAAUGUUGGAGUACUUAUAAUUGAAAUGGGUUCACAUUGGUUAUCAAGAAAAGUAAUUUGUAUAUUAUUCUGCAUAAAUAUUUCGUUACUGUGUAUAAUUUUUAUGUUACACUAUAAUAUGUAUACAAAUUUUAUUUUAGGGGAAUUACGUCAAGUUUUUAAAAAAUCUCCACUCUGAACAAAUAGCAAAAUUACUGCUUAAAAACCAAAAUGAAUGUGAUUUGUUGGAAGAUAUAAGGUAAGCACUUAACUUGUUUUAAUUAAAAUAUUUAUGUUAUGUUUAUUACCUUGGUUGCUUUUAAUUGUCGGAAAUUUUUAUAGGAGUUUUUUGAUUAAAAAAUCUGCAAUAGAGAAAUCGUAUUCCGAUGUAAGUAUAAACCGUAGUUAAUUUUUCGAAAGAAAAAAUGCAUUGCUAUACAGCUUAUAAUAAACUCCUACUAAGGUAAAUAAUAUUAUUAUAAUUUUAAUGUAGGCAUUACUCAAAAUAUCCGUUGCAUUCUUGAAUAAGAAAAUUGCAAACAUACCAGACAUUAAGACUGAAGGAAGUGAAGAAAAAUGGUAAGCAUACAUAUUUUAUAGUAACCUAUAUAUUAGACAAAUUAUUAUGAAAACUACAAGGAAAAUCAAAAGAAACCUCCUAAAGCUACCAACUUGACAAAAUUGCAUUUGGAAAAGAUACUAAACUCGAAAUUUGGAGCUAGAUUUAUUUCAAAUUUAUCAAUAUUUUUCUUCAUUAUAUUCAGGCCUUUCCCAAUUAUUGAGAAAACCGUCAGGAAAAUAGAAUAUGACCUUAGAAUAACAAAUAGAUAAAAUUUACUUUCACAAAAUAUGUUACUCUUAAAAAUCGGAUUCCUGGGAGAAAAGUUGUUCAUAAACACAUAAGAGUACACAUUAUCACUAAAAAAAUAAUAAUAAUACUUAAUAUGAAUUAUUUUAUAUUGGGAAUUAUUCAUAAGUAUACCGUUAUAAAAUAAAAUAAAUUUCUAUUUACUAUUUUUUUAUAAAAAUCAUUUUAAAUGCAAUGCAUAUACAUAAUACAUAACCUAAUGCUUAUAAAAUAAGUAUUUUUAAUAACAUUUUUCUGUAUUCCAUAUUUUAUUUAUUUUUAUGGUAUAUUAUUUUCUGUGAAAAAAAUUCUAUUAAUACCUACUAGAAAAAAUAGACUUAUAUUGCUGUUAGUUGUGUUACGGUUUUAGAAGUUUAAAAAAGGAUGUAUUUAGAGCAAUUCAUAUUUUCAUAUUUAUAUCUGAAUGCAACGAUAAACCAUUUGUAACGAAAAAGGAAUCUGAGCAGAAUGUCAUUAGUCGUAUUUUAAACUCUGAGUGGAGCGAAGAAUGUAUUGGUUUUACUAUAUGUUAAUUUAUUUUUCUCUUUCUAUACUGUGCACAAAAAUUCUAUCAGCAAUUUUACUCCGAUUUUCAAGUAUUGCAAUUUUUCUGACAGGAAAUUUGACUGGGGUGGUAUAUUUAGAAAAUUAUUUUUUGAUUUUCCGAGCUUUUUUCCCAAUAAAUGGGAAAAACCGCAAAAAAACAUAGGCGAAACGGGAAAAUGUACGAAAUGUAUUAUUUGAAAAUCGUGAAUAUUACAGCCUUUUAGAUUCUCAGUGGAGCGAAGAAGAUUAUGGUUUUCCAAAGAUGUAUAUUUGUUUUUUUUUUAUCUGUGGACAACUUUUCAUUCAGAAAUCUUGCCCCGAUUUACAAUGAUAGGACUUUUUCGAAAAGAGAAUUGGUCGGGGAAGGUACAAUAUUAAAAAAAUAUCAUUAAAGAAAAUAUAUUUUAUAUUGUUAUGCCUAUGUAAUUAUUUUACCAUAAUAUGACAUACAUAUUGUUGGCAAAGCAUCACUAUCAAUUGAACUCCGCUCAGAAUCGUUUUUAAUAAGCUUAAUUUUUCUCCUAUCAUUAAAAAAACUACUUGGAAAAUCAAAAAAUAACCUCUAAAAUUAAAUUGAAUAUAAUGUAAUAAUAAUAAUAUAAUAUCAUAAUAAAAUCAAUUUAUUUCUCACUGUGUUCAUUAUUUAAUAUAACCUCGUGAACACAUAACCUAGACACAAUUUACUACAAAAAAAGUUCUUUUGUGAUUUGAUUGAAUUGAUUUUAUGAUUGUUUGGUAUAGAUUUUGUGUAUACAAGUUUUUAACAGAUACAAAAAUAAAAUUAAAUGAAAUAAAGGGAAGUAUGUAAAAAUACUGAACUAUAGUAAUACCACAGACAAGUAAACAAAACAAAAUUAAAUAAAUGUAUAAUCCAAAAUAACUUGAUUUAAAACCACGAUGGUUUGUUAUGCAAUUUACAUUAUUUCUAUGCAUCCAAUUAUAUUUAAUCUUAAAAUAUAAGCAUUUAAGUUUCCAUUUCUAUAAUAUAUAUUUUAGUAUAUUGUAGUAGCAGUUUAAAUUAAUUAUUUAUCUAAGUUAAAAAUUAAUAAUAAAAAUAAUACUAAAUUUAAGUUCAUUAUUUAAUAUACUUUUAAUAAUCAUUUUCAAAAAAGUUUGGAUGUAUUAAUUAAAUAAUAUGUUUAAAUUAUUUUUAAAUAGUUCUUUACUAAAAUUUUGAUUCAAAAACUAUUAUUAAAUACUUCUAUUGUGAACUCAAACUUUUUAGUUUACUUUAUAGUAUUAAUAAUAAUAUUGUAUAAAUUUGUAAAUGUAGUUUCUCCCUAAACAAUGGAUAGAUUUAACAAAGGAUGUUAAGUGUUUAAAAUAAACUUUUGAAACUUGCCUUAGGGAUGAGUUUGUAAGAGUUCCAAUUGCAUGCUAUUAAAUUAUAAUAGCGAUUUAGAGUUUUUUUAAUUUUAUUUUUAAAUUUUAGGACAGGAGGGAAAAAUAACUAACUUAAAAAACAUAUACAAUUCAUACAUUUUUCAUUGUAAAAUUUACCUAUUCAAUUUAAAACAAUAAAAUGUUUGUACUCACCAUUAAAUAUAGAAUUAUUUCAGAUUUUUAUACCGCGUACGGUUCAGAUUACGAAAUCCGUAUUCCGUAGAGUCCUGGAUUCCAGACUUACGUUUUCUAGAUUCGUAUACUUCCGGUUUUCAUAGGUAUCCGCAUAUUUAUACACUAUGUAAAAUAUCGAAAUAUACCUCGUCAUAAAAUAUUACGUGUGAGACAGAAAGAGAAAACCGUAAUAAAAAAAUGUUAGUGAAGCACUGAAGCCUCCCAAGCGGGUUACUGAUGUAAAUAUUUUAAACGGGAUAGAAAUUCACGAGUUUAUAAUAACUUAUUCAUCUUGCGAAUGUUUGAUUGAACGUCUUAAAAUGGAAUUCUUGAUAAACACAGUUCCGAAGAUAUAGGACAAUGGACUUUGGAACUUUAAGCUCUAAAAAACAUGCAAAUAUGUUUUUUAAAAACCGAACUUACUUCGCACGAAGUGUCACUGUUGUAGGUUAGAAGUUGGGAAGGUAUAGGACAUAGUGGGGAAUUUAAUUUAUGUCCGUACGCAACGAUUAAAUAUUUCUAACGAAAAACGAUUCUAAGCGGAGUUCGGUUAAAAGGCUGUAAUAUUUACGAUUUUCAUCGAAAAUUUGAUAUUGAAAUGAUUUGUAUUGUUAAUGGUAUUUAUUGUUAUAGUUUUUAGAAGGGGAAACCUGGGUAAGAUGGGACACCUAACAGUUUUAAAUUUCCAAUCGGUUUUGGAAUAUUUGUAUUCAUUAUACAUACAUUUUUAACAAAUAUAAAAUAUGAGUUUUGUCCCAUCAUGGAUAAUAGUGGAGGAAAGAUGUGACAUUAGUAGGGUAAGAUGAUACGUGUAUCUUAUUCAUAAUAAUUAGGUACAUUUUAUUCUACAUAGUUUAUGUAAUAACAUAUUGUACAAGCUGAAAAACUGAUUAUUUUAUUAAUGUAUACAUACAUUAAUUAUGUUAAUUUGAUGUACUUUAUCAUUUAUUAGGAAAAUGAGAGUUAAAUGUACUAAGUUGUGUGUCUUCAUUUUGUCCUAUUGUAAAUUUCCCGUCUUACCCCAAAUAUUAAUAUUUUAAUUUAAGGUUUAAAAUAAGAACACACUCCACCAAAGUUUUAUCAAUUAUUAGCUUAUAAAACUAGCUUUAAGAGUUACAAAGGAGUAAUAAGAAUAAACUAUUAUUUACUUACUUAUUACUUAUCUAAUAUCUGCAAAAUAUUACAUCGCACGUUGCCGCUAUAUUCAACACGCACGUGCAUCGUAUCAUUCAAAUUUGUUGAUGUUAUCAAAUAGUAUUAUUAAAGUGUGACCAAUAUAUUACAUUUUUUGUCAAAACAGUUUUCCAUAAAAAUUAAUAUUUUUCAUGAUAUAAUGAUGUCCCAUCUUACCUUUAGACUUCAUCUUACCCAGGUUUCUCCGAGUAAUAUGUAUUAUACUCGCGACGUUUUCGGAAGUACAGUAAAACCUCUGAAUAGUGGACACCCUCAGUCGCCGAAUUUUCGUCUGCUAUUCGGAGGUGUCCUUUAUUUAGAGGGUUUAAUUUUUGAAUUUUAUAAAGGAUAAUGAGUAAAAUGAAAACAUUUGCGCUAUGUUAAAUUAAUUUGUUAUGUUGUAAUUGUCGUUAGUAGUCGUAUUCUUAUCAUAACGAGUUUGUUGAACCAGUUCGUUAUCGUUAAACCUAAUGAUAUUGCCGUUUUGUCAUUAUUUUUAAUAAUAGUCGACUUUAAUAGGUGUCUGCUAUUAGUAAUUUUAUCGAGUUCGUUAUCGUUAUUAAAUUAUUACGAGAAUACAUAACUAAUUACGUUUUAGUACUGUCAUUUUGUUACUAUUUUGAAAUUAAGAUUAAAAUAGUGCCCGCUAUUCGGAGGCUUUCUUGUUGAAAAGUAGUGAAAAUGUCCCCGUUCCCAAAACAACGACCUCUAUAGGGAAAUGUCCUCUAUUGGGAGGGGUCCGUUAGAGGAGGUUUCACUAUAGAUUAAUAUUAGUCUGUUCCAUGUUCGAAAAAUAAUAUUACAUGUCUCUGGCUAGUUGACCACCCGCAAGGCUCAGAAACACGUUCGACGAGUUUUUCCCGUUUCUAUCCCACCGAAUAUUAUUAUAAUAAUAUAAUGUAUUAUUGCCGGGCGUCUAAAAAUAGUUUGAUUAUUUUUCCGGAAUAAGGUCACCGGCCUUUGUUAAUAUUAUAAUUUAAUAGAAUAUAAUUAUUAUACUACUUUACUCAGUUCUGAUUUUCCAAACACAAUCCAUGCGGGGCCCACAGAGUAAGAUUCCGUACGGUGAGGUUCGGUCGAUGAAAGUGGGUUACUAUCUCGGGCUGUGGUCACGUAGUAGUCGUGCCACCGUUAACUGAGAAUCGAACUUUAGGAUUUAUCUAGAACAAAAAAAAAAGAAUGGAACGUGAAAUUAAUAUUAUUUUAAGUGAAGGAUUUAAAUUCGCUGUCAGUGACAUAUAUUUAAAUAAAAUCGUGUGAAAGGUUCUACAAGUUGAUUAAGUAUUUCCCAAUUUAGUUACUUAAAUUUUGUUAAUUUUAAAAUUUCGAGUUACUGAACAAAUAAUAAGACAUAUUAAGUAACAAUAAUCACUAGAAGAAUAUACAAAUCCCGUUACUCCGCUCAGAAUACUUAGUUUUUAGAAGUUUAAUAAUAUUGUUAAUUUAAAAUGAUACUAAAUUAUUCAAUAUUGUUUAUUCAAAACAUAAACUUAUAGAUAGGUAAAUCUAUAUAUUACGACAAGAAUAUUAUUGCAUUAAUUUAAAUACCUACACUAAAAGUUCAAGUUAUGUAAACCACCAUGAGCAUUAACUAUUGGAUAAAUGUGAAUAAUUUUUAAAUAGAUAAAUAUGUUCAUGUUUUUAGGAAUAUGUGGAAUGUAUGGCGAACAGUGUUAGAAGAAAACGAAUCUGCCGCUAAGGCACGAUUAGAAGCCAUCGAAGUGUUACAAAAUCAAAUAAAUGACGAAGCAAAAGUCCUCCGUGCGCACAAAUUUCAGAUUGCGAAAAAAGUAAAUAUGGCUUAAAUAAGUAUAAUAUAAUUAUUAGGGCUCGGAAGUUAUUGCACUAAAAAACAUUAAUAUUGAUAGCAUAUUAUUCCUGUAAAAAAUAUUUAAAAUUGCAAUAACUUUUUUUUUACUUGACUAACUAUUUAAAAAAAAAAAAAAAAAAAAAAAAAAAAUAGUAAAAGUCUUAUUGGGUUAUUUUAUUAUUAACGUUUCGGGAAAAUUAUAACUCGUGUAUUUUAACAAAUGGUAUUUUUACCGCUGUCAUACCUAACAAUUGAUAAAGCCCGAAAUAACUAUCAAUACGCAUAUAACAUAACAUUAUUUUUAUUAUAUUAUUAUUGUGACAUAAUAUCUGACACGACCCCCAUCAUUAUUUUAUUUUAAAAUAGAAAAAAAAAAUUAAACCAUGUGAAUAACAUAUAAAAGUAUCUAAAAUUGCAUUAUGAAUGAAGAAAAUGAAGAAAAUUGCAAUCGAAUCGAAAAAAUUUAAAAAAAUUACACUUAUCAUUUUUAGAUUUUAAUUCGUACUUGCACGAAACAAAUAUAAUACCUAAUUGGUAACAAAUCCGAGCACUAGAAAAAGAGUUACAAAUGCAACAACUUCUGAGCCUUAAUAGUUUGAUACUAUUUUUUUAAAUUGUUUGUAUAAAAAUUAUCGAAUAUUUUAAUUACGUACUCAAUAGGUUAUUGUUUAUGUAACUAAACUUUAAAAGCUUAUAUCUGUGGAAUUGUGUGGAGGCAAUCAUAAACUAUUAUUAUACUCCGACGCCACUCAACAAAUCUUAAAUUUCGUUUAAAUAACAAAAUGUUUGUUAAACAUUCGAUAUGUAUACGUAUAAACUUUACAUGAAAUGGUGAGUUCGUGUUAUUUUUAUUGAUUCUAUUGUUGCAGUGUACAGAUCAUUUAGCGUUGGUACAAAAAGAACUCCAUUCUACCGUCCAAGAUGUAGACAAAACAAAAAAAUUUUACUUUGAUGAAGAACAGAGUGCCCAUGAAGUGAGAGAUAAGGCUAAAGACAUUGAAGAAAAGUAAAUAUAUUUUAAUAUUUCAAAAAAAUUACAUAAUAUUAUAAAUUAUUUUUUAAUCCUUGCAUAUUAUAAAUAAUGUUUUAAAAAUUAAUUUAGAAUAAUGAAAGUAUUACAUUCCAAUCAGGAGUAAAAUUUUACUAGAAUACCGUACCUUAAUUUGUUAUAAAAUUUCUAAAACGCUUGAACAUAUUUUUAUAGUAGAAUAAGUGGUGUGCAUAUAAACAGUUUAAGCGUUGCUUACACUUUUAGUUAUAAAAUAUUAUAAGUAUUUUUUUAAAUGAACAAUUCAAACCUGAUCAAUGAUCGUGUUCUAAUAAUGUAAAAUUAUACAUGGGAUUUUGGAAUUUUGGAAUAGUAUAAGGAGAUAAGAUAUACCUAAGUAACUUUUAAAUGUGUUACACGACCAAUCAUUGCGAUAUCAAUAGCAUAAUGCUGUUUAUUAUAUUAUCAGCUUUAGUAUGACCAUUGCUACACGAUUUUGCUAUAUUGAAAUUUUUAUCAGCCAUUUGUACUCGUUGACUUUAAACAGUUCAAAGUAUUAUUAUUAUUAGAUAGUGUUUAUUUAAGAUCUACAGUUAAUUAUUUAAAUAACUUUUGAUAAUAUUUGCAUUAAAUAAAUUGUGAGCGGUUCUUUAGAGGUACUGAAAAUAGAUGGAGGAAUAGUUGGUAAUGGUAGGUAUAACAUUUUUGGUGAUUGCUUAUACAACGCCACACCACUGAGUAGAAGGCAAAUCGUGUACUUAAAACAAAAUCGUAAAAAAAAUAAACGAACAAUUUUAUUAAAAAUUAAAUAUUUACAAUUUGUUAAUAAACUUAAUAAAAUGUCAAACUUUUUAAAAUUGUACAAUAUUUAUCAAAGAUUGAAAAAAUAUGUAUAGAAUUAUUUAAAACCGGAUUUAUAUUCUCUUAUUAUCUACAAACAGACACUUUAAAACGUUAAAAAAUUCCCGAAAAAAACACUUAAAAAUAAUUUAAAAACAACAAUGAUAGAUGAGUUCAAAAAUCUCUCCACUAAUGUCUUGAACUUAUUAAAUAACUUUCCUAACAUCACAAUAGACAGUUUUAUUUAUAAGUUAAAUCAGUUAGAGGGGGUGCAUUUAAAUCCAUUUUUUAUUUUUAUUUUUUUAAAAUAUUUUUUAUGUACUUUUUUCAAGGCUUUUUUAAAGUUUACAAGUACUUUUUUGUGGAUUUUAAGAGCAAAUAAAUCUGGUUUCUAAUAAUUACUAACAAAUCUUAUAAUCAACAAAGUAAAUUACUUUUUUUUUCUUUUAGAAUAAAUUAAUGACUCAAAUGUAAUAUAUGUAACAACAUUUUCCAUCUUAAAAUAUAUGUUUUUACUGUUAUGUGAUAAAAGUUCCCGUUUUUAGUUUACUAAGAACAACGUUCUUUCAAUAAUAUUUCGAUCGUCCUUUUAUAUUAUAUCUGUAAAUAUAUUCUAUACAGGUUAAAGAAAAAAAAAGGUUCGUUCUUCCAGUCAAUUACGUCUUUACAAAAGAACAGCGUGAAGGUAAAUAACAAUAACUUUUAGUUCCAUCAUUUAUUAAAUUAUAAAUAAUCAUAUAUUAUUUUAUUAUUAUUGAUUGCUGAUAUUUCGUUUUAUUUUUCACCAGAAUAUUUUAUAAAAUAGGUAAUUUUUUAAUAGUAUUUAUAUUCUUUUUAGGUGUCCUCCAGAAGAGAAGUGUUGGAAGAAAAAUCGUCGGGUGCCAGGAAUGAUUAUUUAUUAAGCCUUGCGGCUGCAAAUGCUCAUCAAACAAGAUACUUUUUAGUUGACUUACAAAAUGUAAUGAAUGUAAGUAUACAUAAUGUAGUAUAAUAUAUUAUAAAUAAUGAAUAAAAAAAAACUAAUAGUAAUAAUACUAUAUAAAUAUUGAUAAUUUUUAUAAUAAUUAGUAUAGUAUAAAGUAGGUAAAUAUAUUUAUAUUCUAAGAUUCUGAGGUUUCCGAGGAAUGUAUUGGGUUUUAAAAUGAUAUUUAGUAUUUUUUUCUGUGGAAAACUUUUCUAUCCGCAAUUUUGCUCUGAUUUUCAAAUAUAGAACUCUUACUGAAAGGAAAUAUGACUGGGGUAGUACUUAUGAGAGAUAAUUUUUUGAUUUUCAAGCUGUUUUUAUAAUAAAUGGGAAAAACGGGAAAAUGUACGAAAUGUUUUAUAUUUAAAUCGUAAAUAUUACCGUCUUUCAAAACAUGUAUAACUAAAUUCCGCUUAGAACCGCUCGAAUUACUCGUUGCGUACAGAUUAAAUUAAAUUCUUCUCUAUAUCUUAACUUCCCACCUAUAACAGCUCACCCAUCUGGCGAGGUAUAUCCGUAUAUUUUUUCACUAUUAAUGCGUUGAAUUGGUGUACAAUGCAGAAAGAGUAAAUUGUUAUUAAAUUAUUACAUUAUUUGUGGAUAAAUGGUCUAACCAAAGUCUUAAAAUCCUAAUAUUGGGUAUCUAUAGGCUAUAAUUAUGGUAACCAGAUAUAAAAGUUCAAAAAAAAGUAUAUUAAAUUUAAAUUUAAAUUUAGGUCCUUUAUUAUAAAAAAACCCCCUUCAUUGAAAGAAUUGGCCAAUGUGUAUAUACUAUUUUACCUAUUUUGCACAUAGCUCAUCUUCAUUUAUAUACAUUUUUUUUUAUCUAAUUACUCUAUUUUUUUUUUCUAUUAUCAACUAUAAAUUUAAAUUAAAUUCUAAUAACUGGUGAUUAUGAUAUUAACAACAUUUUUUUUUCAUCAAACAGUGGUUCUCCAGCUACUGUCGCUACCGUUGUUAGUCACUUACAGACGUUUGGAAUACAUUAGGUCGAAUAAUAAAAUAUUAAAAAAAAUAAAUAGUCAAAUUAUACAAAAUCAUAUACAUGUAUUAGCCCAAAUAUUUUCAAAAAAAAGAGUACGAUUUCAUGUAAUCAACACUAUUGUUAAGGAUAUAGGAUAAUAAAACAUAAAAAAAAAAAGGUAAGAUAAUGGGGACGAGUGCAGCCACUGAUGUGGGUGGGAAGUUGUGAAGGUAGGAUAUAGACGAGAAUUCAAUGUAUAUCUGUGAGCAACGAUAAACCAUUGCUUACGAAAAGACGAUUCUGAAAGGAGUUCAGUUAAUAGUGAUGCUUUUUCAACAAUAUAUAUGUCAUUUUGUAGUAAAAAAAAAUAAUUAAAUAGAUUUUUUUUAAUAAAAUUAGUUGUACCGAUAUUCCCAAUUUUCCUACGUUUAUCCCGGUUUUCUCAUAUUUUAUCUAGGUUUUUACACUAGGGAAAAAUUUUGGGAAAAUCAAAAAAUGUCCUCUCUAAAGUACCUUCCUAGUGAAAUUUCCUUUUAGAAACAUUGCUAUCAUUAAAAUUUGGAGCAAAAUUGCUGAUAGAAAAGUUGUCCACAGAAAAAAAAAAUCGUAAAUUAUAUUUAUUAUAUUUCGUAAAUUUUCCCGUUUUUUUUUUUCGGUUUUCGCAUUUGAUAAGAAAAUUCUUGAGAAAAUCGAAAUCUGACCUCCUUAAAGUAUCUCUCCACACCGAUUUAUACAUUUAGAGAUCCGAGCAAGUCUUCUGGUAGAAAAGUUGAUAAUAGAUAAAAACAAAAAAAAACAUCUUUUUAAAAUUAUAUGCUUCUUCACUUCACUCAGAAUCUAAAAGAGACUGUUCUACGAAAAAGAGUAAGCCUGGUCACCAUAGCUAUAAUACCUAUCCCUUUGUAUUUUGAAAAUUUAAUUAAAAUUAAAAUUUAUAAAAAAUCUGCUUAGAACAUAUAUAUGCAUUUUUUUAAUUUUAAUUUAAAAUUCGACUCGACUGCUAUAUUCAAUUAUUAAAGUACCGACCGUGAUUUUAAUUAUAAUAUUACUUUACAACUAUAUAUUACUAUAUUUACACUAUUAUUAUAUAACAUAUUAUUUUACUAUACUUUCAUUAUAAUAAGAACAAACACAAUUUAAAACUUAUUAUUAAAUUAAAUUAAAUUAAAUAGUUUCGUUUAUUCAGGUUUUAUUUAAAUUUGAUACGUUUUGUUAAUUUUAAUUUUAAAUAGAUAUUAUACUUUAAAUAAUAAAACAAUAAACUUGAUUCAUCUGUAAAUAUUUUAUUAUAUUCUAGUGCAAUUAUUAAAACAAUAAUAAAUAUAAUAAGUUCACGUCUCACGAUUCAAUAUAAAAUGAUUAAAUAUGGAUAGGUGAUUGAUGUUAUUUCAGAACUGUUGACUAUAUUGUACUAAUAAAAUAAUAAAGUAAAAUCAAAAUCAUUAAAAUGGUUAAUACUCGAACAUAAAUAAAGUAAAUAAAGAUGUGAAUAAAAAAUUAAUGUAUAAAAAUAAAAUAAAUAAAUGAAUCAAUGCGUCGUUUGAAGUAUUAUGAUAAGUGUAUUAUACGAUCGGUUUCGAAUUAAAAAAUCAUCAGAUAUAUCACUGUUAAAAUGUAAACCGCGACUGAAUAUAAAAAUUAAUUAGAAUAUUUAAUUCAAAACCGGUCUUAUUAUAUACUUAUCAUAAUUUUCUAGACGACGCAUUGAUUCAUUCAUUUAUUUUAUUUUAUACAUACAUUUUAGAUUCUGAGUCUAGCGAAGAGUGUAUUGGUUAUAGUAAGAUGUUUCUUUUUUUCUUUUUUUUUAUCCUGUGUACAAAAAUUCGACCAUAAAUUUUGCUCAGAUAUAUAAACGCAGCACCAUUUCUGAAAGGGAAUGUUGUCCAGAUGGUACUUUUAGGAGGUUAUUUUUUAAUAUUCCAAGCGGUUUUCAUAAAAUUUGGAAAAAAUCAAGAUAAAACGAAAGAAAAACGGGAAAUGUACGAAAUUAAUGGUUUUAUUAUUUUUCAAUUUUGUUAUUUGUUGUAAUUCAGUUAAGAAUAUUCGUAGACUUGAAAUUUUUACAGAAAACUUAUAUUUGUCUUUUCUAGAUUUUUUGAAAUAUUUCUGCCAUUUUUGAGCUAUUUAUAGACAUUUUAAAUUUGCAAGAUUUAUAUGUAAUUUUUAUUCGGUAGAUAUUCCGUGAUAAAAUUGUUAGACUUAGCAGAAAUGCUUGAAAAUUUAAGAGGAAGUUCAUUAAGAGUAUUACUUUGUAGCAUUAAAAAAAAAAAAAUUGUUUGAGUAAAAAAUUAUGUGGAACUAAUCUAGUUUUUUAAUUUUUUUUUUUCGAACAUAUAUAUAUUUCCGAUUUAAGAAGGAUGGUAAAGUCAGAAUUGAGCCAACUGAUUAAGUUUAUUAGCUUUUUAUUUAUUUAUUAUUAAGUAAAUUAGCUUUUAAAAAUAGCUUUUUGAAGUUCAGAUAUAAUGCAGAUAUUACAUGUUAUGUUAAAUAACUCUAUAUUGCCUUUUAAAAUACGUUUGUUGUGAUCAAGUGGUCAUGGAUACGAAUUUUCAUACGAGGGGCUGCGGGUUCUAACCCCGAGGUUUGAAAAAAAUUGUUUGCAACUUUUUUUUCCCUUUCAUCUAAAUAGGGUAAAAACAAAUGAAUUUUAAGUGUACUUAGAGAGACUUAACUAUCGCUCGUUCGGACUAUUCAAAUCGAAAAAUACUCCUCGAUUUGUUGUGCAAAUUUUUCUACCGGAAAUCUUCUUCCCAUGUAUCAAGUGUAGCUUAUUUUUUGAAAGGAAAUUUUAUCUUCAUGGUUUAGGGAGGUCAUUUUUAUGAUUUUUCAAUCGGUUUUCAUAAUAACUGGGGAAAACCGAGAUAAAAUGUCGGUAAAACGGAAAAUGUACGGAAUGUAGGUAUUAGUAAAAAAAUAUUAUGGCCUUUAUUUUCUGCGUACAAAUUUUCUACCAGCAAUUUUGCUCCGAUUUAAAAUGAUUUACACUUUUUCUGAAAGUAAAUCUGACUGGGAAGGUACUUUAGGAAGCUCAGUUUUCGAUUUUUUCCAAGAGUUUUCUAAUCCGGGAAAAACGGGAAAAUCAGUACAAUAUUAAACAAAUAUUAUUAACGCCUAUUUAAUUAUUUUAUUAUAAUAUGUCAUAUAUAUUGUUGAAAAAGUAACAUACUAUCAUCUGAACUGCGCUUAGAAUCGUUUUUUCGUUAGCAAUGGUUUAUCGUUGCUCACAGAUAUACAUUGAAUUACUUAUACCAUUGGCUGCACCCGUUCCCAUUAUCCUAGGACGUCUUAUUUUUUUUUAUAUAUUAAUUUACUUUAUAUAUUUUACUGUUAUUAUAGUAGCUCUAGUACCUAAAUUUUACUAACGUUAAUUCAUUUUUAAAUGUAGACUAUGGAACACAACGUUUAUGAAAAAGUACAAGAAUAUUUGAUAUUACUGAGUAAAAUCGAGCUUAUUACAUGUACCUCUGUUCAUAACUCGUUUAAAAAAGUCAGAGACCAAGCACAACAAGUUAGUAGUAAACGUAAAUUCUUAUAAUAAAUACAUUUUAAAAUUAAUUUAUAACUUGUGAACCCAAUUUAAACAAAUAUAGUUGAGUCGAGAGUAUAAUAUGCAGUGUGUGUACCUCUUCUAUCCCGUAUUAAAACAGCAUGUUCAAUAUCAGUUUGAACCUUGCGAUGGCGACGGUAUAGAUCACAUAACAGCGGACCAUGGCGGAGUAGUCACUAUACUUAGCCAGGAAGCGAAGAGGUGGGCCACACGAAUUAUUAGAGAAACAAAUAACAUUAAAGAAAAUACAAAAAAAGUACAGGUCUUCCAAGCUCUUCGGGAUGCGCGUCAAAAGGUAAAAUAAAUAUUACAGUUUUAUUAUUAAUAUAAUUUCUAUUAAUGUUAUUCUGUAGGAUUAUUGAAAACAUAAUACAUAUUAAAUAUUAAAUUAACAUUUAAAAUAUUAUAUGAAUACUUAUAUAAUAUAUAUAUAUAUAUAUAUACAUAAACAUUUUCCUUAACUUUAAAACGUCCAUACUUGUAGAGGUAUGUACCCCUUAUAAUUAUAGUGUUUGACCGAAUCUAAUCAUACUAAUUUAGGAUGUUGGUUAUAAUUUCCUGCAAAAAUAAAUGAUUUUAAUAUACAAAUACUAUACUUACCUAUACGUGGGUUUAUUAGUUUAUAAAUAAUAAUAAUUAUUAAAACUUAGAAUUAUUUUUGAAUAAUUGGAGGUGCUUAUCUCAAACUUUUUAUUUUAUUUAAACAUUUAAUUGGUACUUAUAACAAAACAUAGACCCUAAUGUAACAGCUGCUGUUUCAAUUUGAAACAACUAAAUACAGAUUAUAGAAUAUUGGUCCUUUAUUUUAGGUAUAUGUAUAUAUGAUACAGUACAUAGGAAAUUUUACGGGCCAUUUCCCUUAUAGUAAAUAAAUAUUGUAACACAAUUUGACUAACUUAAUCUAAUUGCAAUUUAAAACCUAUCUAUAUUAAUGUAUGUAUUUCUAUUUUAUUCAUCAUGUUCUCAGUUUUAAUAUCAAAAACAUAUAAACGUAGAUCGAGGGAAAUAUACUCAAGAUAUUAAUAAAUACAUAAAAAAAAUUACCGUUGACAUAAUAUUAUAACAUAUAAUAAACAAAUUUUAAACUGAUCUUUAUAAUGCUUCUCUUUGAUUAUUUAUUCUUUGUUUAAUUUUAUAAUUUCAAAUAAACUUAUUAGUUUUAUCGAAUUAUACUAAUGUUAAAUAGAUUUUUUUAUUAUUAUUUAUAGACUGAUCCAAAUGAUCCAAAUGGACCUGAUUUGGAAACAAAAUUAGAAACUAUCAAAAAUAGCAUUCGGAGAUCUGAAGUAAGUUCAAAAAAAAAAAAUAAAAUAUAAAUUAAAAGUGGCAUACCUAGGAUUUUUUCAAUUCGAGAAUUUAGAAAUGAGACUAAACAUAUUAAAUUCAAUUUAUAUAUAAGAAUUAAAGCAAAAUAUAUCUAUAUUGAUUAUGAAAACCUUUUUUCUUGAGGUUAUUUUGCAAAAUACAUAAUUUUGUAAUACAAUUAUUUGUUUUUAGUUGAGUAUUUAGUGUAAAUUUGAAACCAACGAGAUGUACUGGAUAAAAUCUAGCACACUGUCCUAGAAAUUGUGACAGUCCCGUUUCAGAUCUUUGCAGUCAACUACAAAAUAAAUAUCAAUUAUUUUUACGAAUUUUAUCAUAAAAAUAAAUUUAAAACGUAUAUAAAAAUAAAUUUAAAACGCAUAUAAAAAUAAAUUAUGACAUAUCGCUCAACUUUUCGUUUUACCACUAAGUAUAAUUUAUAAUUAACCUCAUUCAAAUUUUUUUAAUAUUUAUUUAAAUUAACAAGAUUGUAUCCAUAAAAACCAAUCAAUAUAAUAUGAGAACAUAAUAUGGCCAAUACUCUCCUGAGUGCAAUGAUUAUUGUUUUAUUAUUAAGUUUUCACUAAUGAAUAAUUAAUACUAUUUUUUGUACUUUAACACGGUAAAUAGUGGGGGUUAAAGUUCGUUUAGCUUCCCCUAGGUAUGUUACUGUUCAUAAACAUAAUUUAAUCUGAAAAGAUUUAUUAUAAAUCAUAUAAAAUAUGAAAUAAGUUUGCACUUUACUGGCAAUUAAAUACAUAUUACAUAGCUUAAAUUACACAUGGCUUGAAUCAUUGUGGCACUAAUUAAGUCAUUUUUUUUAUCAGAUAUUUUUAUUUUAAUUUAAAUACUAGACAUUAGUUAAAUUUAUAAUAUACCUAAUUUAUUCACACAAUUAGGUAAACAUCUAGAUGUAAAAUAGUUUAUUAUUUUUGAUUAAAAGUAAUCUGAAUAAUUUAUUAUUUUGUAAGUUUUUUCAUUAACUUUAAGCAUUCAUAAGUUUCAUAUUUAAUAGAAUAUUCAAUACAUUUUUCAGAUAGCUAAAGCUAAAGCUGAGGCUCGUAUUGAGUGUUUGAAAAAUGGAGACGGAAAUGGUAGGUACCUCAGAUUUUUCAUUGGUUUUAUUAGAGAUAUUAUUAUGUAUUAUUAAGUUGUAUAGAUAAUAUAUAUUAUAAAUAAGCAUUUAAUUGUUUUUGAUUAAUGAUAACUCUGUAAUUAAAAGUUUAAACUAUUUGAGCACAAGAAAACCAUUUUUAUAUAUAAUUGUAAUUAUUGUUUUCUGUUUCAGUAAACGUAGAAGAAUGGCUUGCGGAUAUAGGUGAUAUAAAUAUCGAACUGCAGCGAUCAAAUAGUACAUCUUCCUUACCAAUGGAGGGAGGUCCAACAAGUACCAUGACAUCAGACUAUGAUAGUGAAGACUACGGAGAUGGGCCUUCUGAUAGCCCAGUACCAUCUGAUAAACCGCAUUCAAUAUCUCAAGACGAAGAAGACCGACCAGAUUCGGCGGAAAUGGAUAAAGAUUGGGGUACAUGCAAUAUACCGUAUAUUGUACUAAACAACUUAUACUUUAUUGUUUAUGGGUGUUUUAAACGCAGAAUAUUAAUCCGUGACCUGUUAAUGUGGGUCUUUGUUGAUUAUAGCACUUGUGGAAAAAGAACGGCAACGUAUUGAACAGUUAACAGCCGGCUGGGAUGAUCCUACACAAGUAAAUUGGGAAGAAAAUCGUGAGACCGAAGAUAAGACUAUGUAUCCACAAGCUGUUCCUGAAGAGCCCGAAGGCCCUGUCUAUAAAUGCACUGCGUUAUACAAUUAUACUGUAAGUUUUCAUCACAAGCGUAGUUCAUACACUUAGAUAUUUUGUUUAUUGUUGUAUAUUAUAUUUUUCUUCUAAAUGAAAUAGAUCAAUACUAUUAUUUAUUUAUUUAUAGAAUAAUUAAAUAUUUUAUUUUAUUUCAUUAAUAUUGAGUUAUGAAAAAAAAAAAAAAUGAUGAUAAUAUUAUGUGCAUAUUUACAAUAACUUCAAUCGAAAAAAUAGGAACAAAUAGUUAAAUUUUAUUUGUAUUUUAUAUAAAUAUUCCAGGCUCAACAUCCCGACGAAUUAAGUAUUUUGGAAAACGAACAGCUCGAAGUAUUUAGUGUGGACAGUGAUAAUUACGGUUGGUCUAAAGCCAGAAAUUAUAAAGGCGAAGUGGGUUACGUGCCGUCUAACUAUCUAGAUAUUGAACAAGAAACGUGUGAUCCAGAAACCCAUGAUACACCAACGACAUACCAGCUUAGAUCGCAGAUUAGCUUUUCUUCUGUAGACUAUAUGGUUAAUGACGAGAUAACUGCAACGACGAUGAGUCCGACACAACAAUGUCAGUCUGACGAAGACGUUGAAGCUGAAGAACAAUCGUCAGAAAAAAGUAUUACUACAGUGUGGGAAAAUAAAGAGGGAGGUAAUAAUAAUGAUAUGUUAUACACAUUUAAAUUUAAAUAUUUUAUAAAACUAUAUUUCUCAUCGAAAAUAUAAUUUUUUUUUCCCAGGAGUUAUAGAAAUCCCAUCAUAUUGUAUCGCCUUGUUCGAUUACGCCGGGAACGAUCACGAGGAACUAGGUAUGAAAGAAGGCCAAAUCAUCAAAGUUGUAGAUAAGACUACACACGUGGAUGACGGAUGGUGGGUGGGUGAGUUAGGCAGUAAGAUGGGACACUUCCCAUCAUGCUUGGUCAAAGAAUGUUAUGAAAACGGUGACCUAGUACCUACACCGACAUCUGAAAACAGCGAUAGUGAUUUUUCAACCGAAGACCAUCCCGAGUUUGUCACUAGCGGUCCACCGCCACCACCACCCAUGUUCUCACCACCCGAGUUGCCGCCCAAAUUACUAUCCACUAAUUUGUUCCCGACACAAGUGAUUGUUACCCAACCCACACCCAUCGGGGAACAUGGUCCUCCUGGAAGUUUUGCUCCAGAAAGUAAGUAUAACCCUUUUGUACGAUAGCAAUACAAAAUUAAAUGAAAAAAAAAACCUGUUACCUUUACCCACAGAAAAAUAACUCAAUUAAAUAAAACUCAGAAUUUAUACGUUUUUUGAGUUGCUUUUAGAUUCAGAGGGCAGCGAGGUAUGUAUUUACCUUACUGUGGUUUUUUUUUUGUGUCUGCAAAACACAUUUCAUCAGAAAUAUUGCUCUGAUUUUUAAUUGUAAUAUCCUUUCUUUAAUUAAAUCUCGAUGGUGCAAAAGAAAGUUCUUUUUUAAUUUUCCGUGUAGUUUUUUUAAUAAUUGGUAAAAACAAGAAAGUUAUCAGCAUUAACGGUUUAAUUAUUUUAAAUUUUGUUUAUUUUAUUGUAAUUCGCUUAAAAAUAAUCGUAAAGGCCUGCAAUUUUAAAAGGAUACUUACAUUCGCUUUUUUAGUCGUAGUAACAUUUUCAUAGCAUUUAGCUAUGUUUGUGUUAUUUAUUGGCAUUUGUCAUUCUCUAGUUUUUUAGUUUUCAUUUAAUUUUAUGUAUUAAAUUAUUUUGGCCAAAGAGAAAUGCUUCAAAAUUGAACGCAAGAUUCAUUAUAAAUUGUACUUAGUAGACAGUAUAAAAAGUUGAGUGAAGAUAUUUUUUUUUAAUAAGCUUUUCAAGGUUAGAGUAUUUUUCUUUUAGUUCUCUUAUACCCCCUAGAUUUGAUAUAUUUUGUCUUACCUCAUACUUGACAAUAUCAUUAAUUUAAUCACGAUUAAAGAGCAGAUUGCGGUUCCGGUGGCAUACCACAAAACUAUAUUCUAUGAAAAUGCCAGGUCUCUAUUUUUAACUGAAUAACAACAAUAACAAGCACAACAAAAUCGAUAAAAACAGAAACCACUGUUUGUUUUCCACGGGUUUUUCCAAUUGUUAAAACAAGAGAAAUUAAAGAAAUAACCUCAAUGCACCAACAAAGUAUAAUUUUCAACUAGAAAUCAUCUCUGAAGUUAAUGAUUUGAGCAAGAUUUUUGAUGGAAAAGUAUUUACAGAUAGAAAAAUAAAGAUAUUGUAAAAGUAAAACCAAUACAUUCCACGCUACGCUUAAUGUCUAAAAUAAAAUUAUUGUAUCUUAUUCUUCACUCGUUUUUAAUUCACUUUACCAUCGAGUAGUAAAUCAUCCAAUUUAAAUAAAAAAAUGGUUAUCAAUAUAUUCAAUUUUAAGUUAUAUUCGUGUUGGGUCUUUAGUUCCGUCGAAAUCGGGUGACUUUUCAAUGGAAUUAACACAAAAUCAACAAGAACAAUAUGAUACGCAAUUUACGGAAGAGUGUGAUGGCGUACCGGCAAUAAGUGGUAUACGUAUUAAUAAUAAUUGUCUCGAAUUAAAAUAUUAAUAUUGUGUUUUUUAUCAUAACAUAUUUAGAGCCACCUGACAUACCACAACUGUUUAUAGAAAAUGAGGUAAUUUCCAAAUUUAAAUAGUAAUUUAGUGAGAUAGAGAUCAGUGGCACCUGAACAAUUUUAGAACUUAGGGUUAAAUAUGUAUUUAAUACCUAUUUAUCAAAAUUGACAUAUUUUAGAAAUUUUUUUUCGAAGAUUGCUAAAAUAAAAUCAUUAAAUAAUUAAUGAAAACAGUAUAAAGGAAAUAUUUUUCAAUUAAACAAUUGGUACAACUUUUUUAUUUUAAUAUUGUUACUUACAAUUUAUUCGUUAGUCUUCGAGAAAUAGUUUUAAUAUAAUACGCUGAAUUUAUAAAAUAUAUUUAAAUUUUACUAAACAUACAAUUUCUGAUAAAGCGGAAAAUCGUAUUUCAUAAUCACGAUAGUGGGUUUUCGUUUUCUGUUCUGAAAUCUAUUCUAUUUCCGGUGUUGGGGUUAAAUUAGCAAUAGUUUCCAGAUAUUCGGUUACUAAUAAACAGCAUAUUAGGAUCCUAGCAUUAUGCAAUAUAUUAUAUUGAACAUUCGAAUACUGCGGUACUUAUUUAUUAUUCACUCUCGAUAACCAAUGCAUUUCCUAAAUAAUAAAAUUCCAUUUUUUCAAGGCUCGAAACUGAAAAAAAAAUUCAGUUUCGUUUUUAAUCUAACAAUAAUAAAAAAAAUGAUUAUAAUAGUACCUACUAAUUUAUUGAUUGCCUAAUGAUUCAUUUAAAUAUAGUUCCAAUGAAAACAACGAAUAUAAUGGCCCAACUCACCACUGAGGAUAACUUCUUAAGAUUUUGUUAUGUUUAUAUUUUUUUUAUUGGUUUAAUCCGGUAUUAAUGAAUAUUUAAUACUGGUUUCAAGUCCUUCCUUAUUAUUUAUUUCUCUUAUUAAAAAUAAUUAUUCGAGUUUUCUUUAAUUGGUUUAACAAUAUCGAAGUAUUAAUAUCUAGGACGACUGUUCCGGACCUCCUGUCUCACCUCCACCACCUACGCCAGCGCCUGCGUCCGACGGACUUGGCGUUGCACAGAUCGUCAUUACUGCAGCUACACCAAUGAUGGAAGAACCGGAAAAGCCGUUUGGUCAGGAAGAUUCUCCGACCACCGAAACGGUACCGGAGCCAUCAGACCAUAUCGUAUUUCAAUCAGAAUCGGAACCGGAAGAUGACCAUCGUAUGAGUGUAGACAGUGAUUGUUUUCCGGUGAUCCCGGAAGAGUCCGAAGACGAUCUGAAAUUGCUCGAAUCUGAUGACCCCAGGGACACGGCUGGUUUACCGUCCGAACUCGAACCCGGACAGCUGGCCAAACUGCAUAAUCUUAAGGAAUCGAAUGCCUAACGACGACGUAUAGAGUGUGUUUACUGUGUUGUUUAUUUAAGGGACUUUAAGACCAGGUGUAGGUAUACUUGGGUUUUUUUUCACCAUCCAACUAUAAUUAAGAAGCACUACACCUUGCUAAGUUUAAAUAGAUAAAUAAAACGCAAUCAGCAAAAUCUUGUGAUGUAUAAUAAUAAUACAUUUUUUAUUUCAGCAGUUGAACUUAAUAACCAAAAAUAACAUAACAUUUUUUCUCUGAUACAUAUAUUUCAUAAAGCCUAUUUGUAAAAGCACCUUCUUAUAGAUAAUUUCACAGAGUUUUUUUGUUAUUUUAUCCUCUUAAUAUUUAGCAUUAUAUUCAAUUUUAUAGGGUAGAUAAUGUAUAAGAUAUAUUUUAUUUUAAGCGUGGUAAACGCUUUAUUGUUAUACUUUAUGGGAAAUCAAAUAUGGAUGUUCUAUACUUAGUUAUAAUAAUUAUGUGUGGGCACUGCAAUUUAAGAAGAGGAUGUUACACGCGAAUCUAUACUGUCUGAGUCUAACAGGGCAAUAUAGCAAAAUUACUUUUCUUAGAAUUUAAAUUGUGUUAUUUAUGUUGAGAUUGGUGUAAAAACAUACAUAAAAUAAUUUAAAGACGAAAAUAAUCUUAAUGUAGCUUCCGAAAAUAGUCUCAAAUAAACUCAAUCAACAAAAUUGAAUUAUUUGUGUUUUAACUCUAAUUUCAACCUAAGCACCACAAUAUAUGUUUUAAGUAACGCGAUUUCGCUAUGUUUCUUGUUAGUUAGAGAUUGAAAAAGUAAAUGCGAUUGUGGCGUCCGCGUACAUAAUUGAAAACUGAGACAUUAAAUAAUAUUAUUUGUUGCACAAAUAUUCUUAACUAUAACAUUAAUGGAAAUUAACGUUGUUCUAUUUAAAAUUAAACGGGUGUUUUGUUUUCAAAACGUUCUUUUUUAAUCAAAUAUAUUUAGAUACCUAUUAAAGGUGUGUAUCAAUAAUUAUUUAUCGUUAUUAUAAAAAUUGUAUUAAGUAAUUUUUUAAAAAUAUUUUUAUAGAGUCCCUAUGUAUAAUAUUACAAUUAAUUAAAUAGAAAAACGAUAAACUAUUUACGUUUAGGUACUUACAACUCAACGUGUUUUAAAUUGUAUACUACACAAAUCGAUGGACUCAUAAUAUAAAAAUAGAUAUUAUGAGUGAUAUCUUAAUGAUAAAUUUAAAAUAUUACACGAAAUUCAAUAACAUCGAAAGUGUCAAAACCUAUAUAACCUUCCACUAUUAUUCUUAAAGGUGUAAUGUGAUUUCAUGUAAAUAUAAAUUUUAACUUUUUAAACAUUUAUUGCGUGACAAUGAAAUAUUGUUAAAUCUGAAACGUGUUUUGGGUUUAAACGUUCCAAAAAUUUCAAAUAAAUGUAUAGAUUUAUUAUUAUGAAUUUUCUACAGAACGCGUUUUACCUACGAUUAUACUGCCGAUUUGUUUCUGCAUACAUAUUAUAUAAAUACUAUUAUUAUUCCUUGUUAAGCUUUUGAAUCUCUAUAAUAUCUUUUAGAAAGGAAAGUAUUAAUACGUAUGUUAUUAUAAGUUCUUGUUAAUUCUAAACUAUUAUGUUUUCUAAAGUCUACCAUUAUUAUUAUUAUUAUUAUUAUUAUUAUUAUUAUUAUUAUUAUACGAGUAGGUAUAAUAAUACGCUUUAAUUACUUAUAUUACCACUAAAACUCCGAAUUAUUAUUUAUUCGUUCUAAAAGAAAAAAAAUCCAUAAUUAUCAAUCAAUGAAAUAUAAUAUGUUUAUAAAUAU